UGUUACAGAUUGAAAGAAGUGAAGGAACUUAACAAGGCUGUUAGUCACUUGACAAAAAAACAGGAACUUUUGGAUCAUGGUUUUAUACCUUAUUCAGUCAUGCCAGGCAUAAUCUCUCUACUGAAAAAAGGGCUAGGAAAAAGAAUUCAUACCUUGGAUGUACAGUGUUUGUUGACGGAAAUGUGGACGUCUGCCGAAGAUCCUCCAAAUCCAAAUUACGAUGGAGAGAUACUCAUAGGUAUUCUUAUGAAUCAGGACUAUGCUACAAAUAUUUUGGAUAAAGGACCUCCUGCUGAUUCUCCAGAGGUGAAACUUCCACAAAAAAAUAUAUAUUUGAUUAUAACUAUGUUUUGGGGUACACUUUUUCUGCCCAAGGUGCUUUGUAUAAUC